AUGGCGGUGGAGGCGCAGCAGCAGGGCAUCGUGCUCACGGAGCUUGAGCAGCGGAUCUUCGACCGCCUCCUCGGCGCCGUCGACCGCUACUGCCCCGGCACCCAGCUCCGCGUCGCAGGCGGAUGGGUCAGAGACAAGCUACUGGGGGAAGAGUCUGACGACAUCGACAUCGCGCUUGAUAACAACAUGACGGGCCAAGAUUUCUGUCGCCAGGUGAACAAGUACUUGGAGUGGAUAGGCGAGGAGCAGAAAACAGUUUGUGUUAGCCAACGCAAUCCUGAUAAAUCUAAGCACUUGGAGACUGCGAAGAUGAAAAUCUGUGAAGUCUCGAUUGAUUUUGUCAACUUGCGGUCCGAAACAUAUGCUGAAAACAGUCGUAUUCCCAUCGUGGAGAAUUGUGAAGCCAAAGUUGAUGCACUCCGCAGGGACCUGACAAUCAAUAGCUUAUUCUAUAAUAUCACAACUAAAUCAUUGGAAGAUUUGACUGGAAGAGGUCAUCAAGAUCUGAAAAAUGGCCUCAUUGCUACUCCUUCACCUGCCAAAGCUACAUUCCUGGAUGAUCCCCUCCGGGUUCUUCGAGCGAUCCGAUUUGCUGCUAGAUUCAGCUUUACAUUAGCUGAAGAUUUGAGAAAAGCUGCUUCUGAUGAAGAGGUGAAAUCGGGUCUUCGUACCAAGAUUAGCAGAGAACGUAUUGGUAUUGAGGUUGACCAUAUGAUGUCAGGCAAAGAUCCGGUUAAUGCAAUGUGCUACAUCCGUGAUUUGGGAUUAUUUUACGUUGUUUUUGAAUUUCCUGAGAAACCGGAUCCUCUAGUUCUUGACAAAAAUGAUUGGCUAUGUGUUUCACAUAUUGAAGAGGCAUGGAAUCUUGUACAAUUGAUUGGCUGCUCUGUGUUCAGAGGUGGUUCUGGUUCCAAGUCGCAGGCUGAACAGAGAAGGCUUUGCUUGUAUAGUGCACUAUUUUAUCCGGUCCGAAAUAUGGUGUACAUGGUAAAAAAAUCAAAAAAGGUUUCUAUUGUUAGCUAUAUUAUUGGGAAUUCUCUAAAGUUCGAAGCUGAUGCUAAAACGAUUCUUAACGUGCAUACUGCAAGUGAAAAGUUUUCGGAGUUAAUUCUUGUCCUCGAGUCAAACGGAAAUGUGGAAACUUUUAGAGAGAAGCUGAAUGAUGAAUAUCUUGAGAUACCAACAGACAUGGUAAAUCGUGUUUUGGCAGGACUUGUAUUAUAUGAGAUAAAGGAGCUUUGGCGUGUGGCACUGUUGAUAUCCACUCUGUCGUAUCUACAAGUUGGUUCCUUCAGCCAGGCUGAGCUACAAAGAAGGAAAGAGAAAUAUGUGAGAGUUGAGCGCUGGAUAACUGACCUUGGUCUUGAAGGUAUAUGGUACAAAUUGAAAAACCCGCUGCUAGAUGGGCAUGACAUUCAGAGAGUUUUGCAGAUUCCAAAAGGCCGCUUGGUUGGAAACUGGUUACACAGGGAACUGAAGUGGCAGCUCGCGCAUCCCCGGGGCACCAAGGAGGAGUGUGAGCAGUGGAUGAAGCAGUCGCUGCUUCCCAAACGCCAGAAAGUAGAAAAGUAGAGUGCAACAGGAGGGAAUUGUUAUCAAUUUUGGAGCGUAGAUAUUUUGAGGAUUUAGAGUAGGUCGCAAACUUGCACUCGACUGCGUGUAUAGUUUAUCCUGAUUGCUUGACGGACCUUAAUCUUGGCUGGUUUUUCACCAACCCGAUAAUUUACUUGUUGAGCAAAUUUUGCUAAACCUGUUCUUGGGGCAGGAUUGCACAACCACAUACGAAGGUGGCUCCUGAGAAGUCAGAACUGGGA